UUUAUUUAUCACUAUCUUGCAACUCGUAACUCUUCUCUCUUCAGGCUUCUCUCUCGCAUUCUCCCCACUACUUUUCAAAAUCUUCUCUAGCUCCAUUGAUUUUUGAAACCUACUUAAUGCCUCAUUUGUUGUACGAGCAGAUUGUAUUUGUGUAUGAAUAGCAUGCUUACAGGUACGUAUCUGCUUGUGUGUAUUUAUUUAGACAUUUAGGAGAAGGAUGUCGUGUCUGCUGCCAACAUUCAGGUGCUUGCCGGACACUUUUUUGGUUAACUUCAAAUCCCAGAAUCAUACCGCCACCCACCCCUCAAAAAGUAGAGAUCCUAUUUAUUUUCAGACAAAAUGUAUCUUAUCUACCGCAACUGCUACCAUUCUGGAGUUAGAGAAGCUCCAAUUACCAUCGUUAGAAGCCAUGUCAAAUUCGGUUCCUGCUGACAGAUCCUGGAAACCAACAGGAACAACAUCAGUGCUUGAAUUUGAGAAGCUAAAAUUACCCUCUUUUGAUGUUCAUUCCAACUCUAUUGCUGCAAACAGACCAUGGACAUAUAUUGGAGCAGAUGGUCCACCCACUGAGGCGAAUUUUCAGGCAACUUUAGCUACAGAAACUCUUCUUACAAGUGAGGAGGCUGUUGUAGUUGUAGUUGCAGCUGAAGCACUUGCUUUAGCAAAGGCAGCAGUCAAGGUCGCAAAAGAUGCAGCCAAGAUGGUCGGUAAUCGUACUGCCACAUCAGAUUGCAAAACUACAGAAGUGGACAAUUCAUUUAUGGAGAAGAAUCAGCUUGCUUAUUUUGCAGAAAGAGUGGAUGCCAGAGAGUCUAAGGUUACUGAAAUAGGUUUGGGCGAAAAUGAUUCAGCCUCUUACCUCCUUAAGGAAUCUGACGUGGAGCCUAGUCAUGAAGAACUUGAACUUCUUGAGGCUCAAUUGUCCAAGAGUAUAGCAGUGAGAUCAAAGCGUCAAACUGAGCGAAAAGCCAAAAGAGCUAGAGCAGCACAGAAGGCGGCAGCUAAUAUUGUGUCUGUGAAAUCUGGUUCUACAUCCCGGAAAAAGCGAGUUUUGCAGGAUAUAGAUUAUUCUGACCCGUUGCGUUACUUAAGAGGAACUACCAGUAGUUCCAGGCUUCUUACAGCAGCCGAAGAACAGAAGUUUUCAUCAGGAAUACAGGACCUACUAAAAUUGGAAAGACUCCAGGAGGAGCUCAGAGAACGUUAUGGGGACCAGCUUACUUUUGCUCAAUGGGCUGCUGCUGCUGGCGUUGAUCAGAAAACCUUGAGGGAGCGUUUAAAUUAUGGCAUUAUUUGCAAAGAUAAAAUGAUUAAGAGCAAUAUACGGCUUGUGAUUUCUAUUGCAAAAAAUUAUCAGGGAGUUGGGAUGAACCUCCAAGAUUUGGUUCAGGAAGGAUGCCGAGGCCUAGUGAGAGGUGCAGAGAAAUUCGAUGCUUCAAAAGGGUUUAAAUUCUCCACCUAUGCUCACUGGUGGAUAAAGCAGGCAGUUCGUAAGUCUCUUUCUGAUCAAUCCAGAACCAUUCGAUUGCCGUUUCACAUGGUCGAGGCAACUUAUAGAGUGAAGGAAGCAAGAAAGCAACUAUUUAAUGAAAAUGGUAGACAACCUGAUGAUGAUGAAGUUGCAGAGGCAACUGGACUCUCAAUGAAGAGGCUCAGUUCAGUGCUGUUGAUCCCUAAAGCUCCAAGAUCGCUUGAUCAAAAAAUUGGGAUAAACCAGGAUCUCAAACCUUCUGAAGUGAUUGCAGAUCCUGAAGCAGAAACAUCCGAAGACGUGCUUAUGAAAGAAUUUAUGAAACAGGACUUAGCCAAGGUUCUGGAUACUCUAAACCUGAGGGAAAAGCAGGUGAUUAGAUGGAGGUUUGGCCUAGGGGAUGGUAGGAUGAAGACAUUGCAAGAAAUUGGGGAGCUGAUGGGUGUCAGCCGAGAAAGAAUCAGACAAAUUGAAUCAUGUGCAUUCCGUAAGUUGAAGAACAAGAGAAGAACGAAACAUUUGCAGCAAUAUGUGAUGCCAUAACACCCCCCUUGGUUUCAGAUCAUGAACUUAGUUUCUGAUAGAAUCAACUUCCUUCUUGAGGCUCAGUCACUGUCUGGUGGCAUUCAAAAUUCCGAAAAUCUCUCCUUUUUCUUGUAUAUUCAGCUAUAAUAUCACAUAAUGCUGAACUACAAUUAGUUUGUGAAUAGUACAUUUUUGUGUUAUAGUAAUAUAAAUUUUUUUUGGUUGUAUGAUAAGAGAACAAAUUUCAUAUC